ACGAGACCUAUCGCAUCACAGUGAGUAUGUCCAAGGACGACAGGUCCACGAUUUCCUUCCUCGACAUUGAGAUCUUGCCGGGCGGAUUAGCGCCGUUGGAAGUCGGCGUCAGUUGUCUGCCGGAAACGUCGUGUCUUCCCCCGUCGGCAGAUGGGAUCCUCAUAAAUCUGGACGCUGGUCGGUUCCUCGCCAAGGGGAUCUGCACAAGAAGUUGCGACGCUUUCACAGUCCUGUCCUAUUCGUGGACUGUCACCAUUGACAAGGGGAACGAUGAUUUGGAAGUGCUGCAGGCAAAUGACGCAGUCAAAUUUCCCUAUGGCACUCAAAACGAGGACCUACUGCUGGCGCCAGAAUUUUUCAAGUACCUCUACGUCGCCAGUCCCAUUUUGUGGAAAUUUCGCCUCCGUCUAACACUCACCGACACCGCCACGAACAAUUACGGAUUUUCUGAAUUCUACUUGGCGGUUAACCGUCCUCCGUCCCCGGGAACGUGCUCAUGUCAAGCCUCGUAUUUCCCGUUCAUCUGCAUCCGAACCGUUUUGACGUGUACUUGCACCGGUUGGACGGACCCGGAAGCCAUAGGAAUACGCUCUUACCAAUUUAUAGCCAGGCGAACGGAUAUAACGGACCGACUCGUGCAAGUGAUCCUCGAUCCAACGGCUCGACCGGAAACUCAAUUCCUUCCGUCUCCGGGCUCGUAUAAUUUCACCUGUACUAUAAUUGACUCGAGCGGAGGACUUAUCACAGUUCCUGUUCCUGUCGUGUAUUCCACGACUAACCCAACAACUGGGGCUAAAACAACGCAGACCGCCAGUGUUUUUGAUAUCGUUGCUCCAACCGCUGCAGAACUACAGGACAUGGAAAAGGAAGGACUUCUGGAUUCUCUGGUCAGCUCAAACCCAUCACUUUCAGAUAUGGUGUUGUCUGUGAAGCUUUCCAUGCUUCAGAGCAGCAUCACUCUGACUGAAAUCAGCGGAACGAGUGCUUCAAGCACGGGCAGCAGCGAACUCACGUCGGCAAUUGAUUCCAUGUCAUCGACUUUGGCGACAGCAGGAGAAUCUUUGCUCACUGUAAACAUGGCCUCUCCGCAACAAAUGACUUCAGCUGCGAUGCAGGUUUCAGGGCUCUUCUCUGCUGUUCCUGCAGGCAGUCCCGCGGUGGCAGCCAUCAGUCCGUCGCUUCUUUUGGCAGCCAGCGCCAUCUUUGAGAACAUCGGGAACUCUCUGGAAUCAGGAACUGCAACUUUUAGCAAACAGACUUUGACCAGUUUCUUAACGGCUGCUAUGACGACCAUGGAUGUUACUGCGGGUGUGUCGUCUAGUGUCGGAGGGUGUGACCAGAACCCUCCAAAUCCAGACCUCAGCCAGUGCCCUAAAUCGCAGAUCGGCAGUGUGCAAAUCGACGAAGCAUUCCCUCCACCAAUCAACACGGUCGUGUCACCGAACCGAACAAUUCAAGAAUGCUGCGCUGUACUCAGCCAAAAAAACCAGGGACUCGGUUCAGCUGCCACUUCGAUGCAGAGAACGACUGGUUUAAUUACAGCCGCUUUAACAAACACGAUUGCUGUGGGCGAAAAAGUCAACCUGAGUCCAGUCCCGGGAACCACCAUUCAAGUGAUGAAAGAAUCUCCUGCAAAUCUUCCGGGAAAACCUGUUGAAAUCCAAGGGUCAUCAUUUAAAAUGCCUGAAUCCAUGGACUUAGGCGCGCUGACUGGCGGACGACCUGUCGGACUGGCAGCAGUUGUAAUGGAUAAAAACCCACUGGUCGGAGAAAAUACCGCAUCUGACAAGAUGUCACCUGGCUCUGGGGUUGUAUCCUUCGAUUUGUCGGAUGAAACGGGAAAACCGAUCAAAAUUGAAAAUGUGGAACCGGGCAUUGAAAUCAUGUCUCCUCUUCCAAGAUCAGCAGAGAAGCAACAGCAGCUUGACGUAGAAGCUCUACGGUGCGUCAACGCUACCACAGCCGGAGUGUCCAAUAAAACCGAGAGGGUUCUGUACUCCACGAUCUUACCUUCGCCGAGUUCAGAUUUUUCCUUUGUGGAAAUUCGCAUGGAGGAUUUCUCUGAGCCCCCACCCGGACUGCACUACAUUAUUGGCAGAACGAUGAAACCCAGCUUGAUCAAGGGUUACUUCGAACCCGGAAACGUGGCCCGUAUUGCAGACUUGCAACGCAUGGAUGAGUUCUACGUAAAUGUGUUGACGUGGCCGAACGGAACUGGGCCUAUUCACGUCGGAUUGUUUGAGCUAAAAGAUGGACUAGUUCUCGAAGAAGUGAUCAAGCAAUCGAAUUGGGAUAACUUGCCGUCAUUCUUCAAAGCAAAUUUUUCGAAGAACUACUGUGUUCGGGUCACCGACGGAGGUGUCAAUUACUUCAACGGAACCGGUUGGAACAACCGCGGAAUAAAAGUGAAGGCAAUAACUCCGACUGGCAUUGUUUUUACAACGAGCCAUUUGAGUACCUUCGGGUCGGGCUUCUUCGUCCAACCGAAUGCCAUCGAUUUCAGCUCAGUCUUCGCGAAAGCCGGUUUUGACGAUAAUCUGACAAUCUACUUGACGCUCAUUUUUACAUUCAUCAUCUAUAUAGUGCUGCUGGUUUGGGCGCGGAUCAAUGACAGACGAGAUGUUCAGCAACUCGGAGCGUUGCCAUUAUCGGAUAAUAAGCCGGGCCAAAAGUACUUUUAUGAAAUGCUCGUCGUCACUGGCGACCAAAACAGCGCCGCAACGAACUCCUCGGUUUCCUUUAUCAUCAGCGGUGACGGAGAUGAAACUGACAUCAGAACUUUUGGUAGACCAGACAAAGGACCACGGAAGUUUUUCAGACGCGGGGCAACGGAUGCGUUCGUCCUUGCUGUGGACAGGCCGCUCGGAGAUCUUCAGUUCAUAAGAAUUUGGCAUGACUGCUCUGGAAUCGGAACAUUCUGCUCAUGGUUCUGCAACAGUAUCUCAAUCCGCGAUGUUCAAACGGGAAAACGAUUCGACUUCAUCGUCAACAACUGGCUGUCGCCCACGGAUCGGGAUGGGGAGGUCGACCGCUUGAUUUCCAUUGCCGGUGAUGAGGAUCGAAAGCAAUUCGGUUACCUUUUCGAUACUCAAAAGACAAGAAAUUUGCGUGACAAUCAUUUGUGGUUCAGUGUCUUCACCCGACCUCCUCGCAGCCGUUAUACCCGGGUUCAGAGAGUCUCUACUUGCAUGGCACUGCUUUAUCUCUCCAUGCUCGCAAAUGCUAUGUGGUAUGGCACUGUACCGGAUCAGCCAGGAUCGGGAGGUGUCAAGUUUGGACCCUUUUCUAUCAGCCAAGAACAGAUCGGUGUGGGGAUGAUGUCAAACUUGGUGGUUCUACCGCCGAGUCUCCUCAUCGUAUUCCUGUUUCGGAAGGCUCGUCCCAGAAAACUCAGGAAAUCUCGAAUUGACCAAGCUCUACAAAACCAAGGGGGCGUCUCUGGAAAAGCAGGCAAUGGAGAAGAAACGAUUUACCUUGCCGUGGUGGUGCAGCAUUGUGGCCUGGAUUCUUUGCCUGGCCUGUAUUGCUGUCUCGAUUUUCUUCAUCUGGGCAUAUGGAAUUACAUUCGGGAACGAAAAAUGCACCAAAUGGGUCACAGCACUGAUGAUUGGGUUCUUCUCGUCAAUCCUCUUCGUUCAGCCUUUGAAGGUAAUGUCAUGGUUCUAGCAAUGAUAUUCAGCGCGAUUUGCAAAACCGAGCCAGAUGACGACGACGCUGAUGAAGACGAGGAGGAUCCGACCGUUCAUUGGGACGAAACCCUUUUAUCAGAUACCGGGCCAUUGAAAAAGAAGACUUUGGGAGGCCCAGCAGCCGGUAUUGACGCGGCGAGGUUGGCUGCAACGCGAGAAAAGAGACAGAAAGAGCAACAAGUGUGGGCCGCCAUGAAGGAUAUCUUGUUCUACUCACUGUAUAUAUGGAUUUUGAUCGCAAUCUCCUACAAUAACAGGGAUCCAAACGCAGGCUUACUGAAGAUAAACUUUGAGAAUACUUUCAUCAAUCCAAUUCGGCUGAAUGCAUCGGAUCGUUUCUCGAAAGUCCAGAACAUGGGUGCGUUUUGGAAAUGGGUCGAGGAGGUCCUUGUUUCUUCGAUGAGAGCCCCGGUUUGGUACAACGGUGAUCGACCCUUCGGACUUCAAGGGUUCUUGAGCGAUUACUCAAAUAGGAUGCUUGGCUUCGGCAUUAUGCGCCAAAUUCGAAUCAAGCCAGAUUCUUGCACAGUUCCUGUGAUGAUGCGGAAGUCAAACUUCACUGGCUGUUCGAAUUUAAUGAACUUGAUCCAUGAAGAUAAGCUGAGUUACUGCACAGAAUGGAGAAAAGCAUCACCUGCAGUAUCGGAGAGCGACUGCGACUGGUCGGAAUUCAAGUACUCGAAAGGGAGCAAGUACAAAAGCUUGCCACACAUCGGCCGGAUUGACACGUAUUCUGGAGGCGGCUACACGUUCGUAUUCCAAGGCCGAGAGAGUGAAAUCCGUAGUCGGCUCAUCAAGCUGCGGGAUAAUCAAUGGCUCAACUCGCGGACCAGAGCUGUGAUCAUCGAAUUCGCAACGUAUAACGCUCAGGUUAACCUCUUCACAGUUGCAAAAAUCAUUAUCGAAGCCAUUCCAGGCGGCGGAUUGUUCCCUGAUUGGCGAUUCGACGGCAUCCGGCUAAUGAGACACUUCGAAGGUUUUGGCAUGGUUGCCCUUGUCUGCGAAGUGGCCUUUGCCGUUUUCACGCUGUACUUCACCGUCGUGGCCUUCAAGGCCAUGUGCAAGAACCGGAAAGCUUUUUUCAGCAGCUACUGGAGCUAUCUGGAACUUGCGCAACUUGCCAUGUCAUACACGGCAAUCGUGCUGUACAUCGUGAGACAUCUGCAGACGAAUGAAAUUCUUGAGCAGUUCUCGGAAACUUUGGGAAACGCAUACAUUCCAAUGCAACACGUAGCAUCAGUCGACGAGCUGUUCGGAUAUUUCAUCGCGUUCUUGCUAUUCGCAGCUAUGAUAUCAUUAUUGAAGCUGCUGAAAUUCAACAAAAGCAUCGGAAUGUUAUCAGCGACAAUGCGGCAUUGCUUCGACGACCUAAUGGGAUUCGGAACCGUGUUCCUCAUUUUCCUGGCGGCCUUCGUCAUUUUGUUCCAUCUGUUUUUGUCCCAGCACAUUUAUGAGUGGCAUACCAUAGUUUCCAGCUUUGAAACUGCGUUCUCCAUCAUGUUGGGAAAAUUUGAAUUCGGUCAAAUCCUAGAGACAAACUUGUUCGCCGGCAUCGCGUUUUUCUUCUUCAACGUGGCCAUGUCGAUCAUCAUGAUCAACUUGCUCAUGACCAUCAUCAUCAACUCUUUCGAAACCGCCAAACAGAUGGCAGAAAAUACUGCCAAGGACCACGAAGUUGUGGAUUUCAUGAUCGAAAGAAUGAAAGUCUUCAUGGGUAUGGCGAAUGCUCCUGGAGGUUCGGUUGGACCUACGACGGAUUCUUCUAGAGUCAGAGGAACAUUGCUUGAACCACAAAACCCAGAGGAUAUGAAAGAAUUUCCGCAAAAGGUCGAUCAAAUGCUCGAUAGAAUCAACAACGUGUACUUUGAUGGAGCUUUGGACUUGAACAACAAAGCAUGGCUAAAAGGAAUGCUGAAGAAGGAUAGAACUGACUCGUAACUACCAGAAGAUAAAAUCGGACCCAACCGUAAAGUGGUUGCUCUUUUUUCCCCUCAACAAAAAUAUUCUGCCGUUUCUCUGUACUUCCUUGUGAAAACCUUUACAGAAGGAGAAAUAUACAAUUUACCUAUCUGCAAA